UAUAAAUGUUUGCUUGCUUGGCUCUCAGAAGUCUGAACGCAACCACUAUUUCCCACCACCUUCUCUCGGACUCCCUUGGAUAGUUUCUUUGCUUGCCCAUGGAAAAAAAAGGAACCAAUAAAAAACUCCCCUUUCCUUCUGGCAUCAGUAGUACCACAGCUUUCGGAUCUGCUGAGCUUUGACCAAACCAUACGCUUCUCAGAGAUUUCCUGCGAGGGAGAAGCAGCCUGUUGACGAGAAGUAGCGUGAGCAGAGAAAGAUACGACUAACCAAACCCAGGAUCUUCCUUUUUCCUUUCUCCUCUCCCCUCACCUGGCCCUUAGAAGACUAACAAGAGAGGAAACAAAGCUCUUAGUGGCGAGACAAGGAAAUCCUCUGCUCGUCUUUUGCUUCUCCUGUUCUAAGAUUUCGUACCCUGAGACCAGGUCUCAGAAAAGCUGAUAGUAUGGAGAGAAGUAGAAGAUCGAGUAUAAUAUAAUAAAAAACCAGGGACUAUUCACGAGACUAUCAGUAAGUAGAAGAAAGGAAGCAUGCAUCUUUUCCGAGGAGACUGAGCUCCCGAAAGAGAGAAAGCGGUGGAAGACUAGAGGGUGGAGAGUUUUUGUAGUUCUCUCCCAGUUCUACUGCGGUUCUCCGCUAUCGAACGCUCUGCAUCCGACUUUGGUGUGAGUAUAUGGAGAUAAGUUUCCUUAUUGCUUAUUCCUGUCCUUAUCUGGAGCUUUUCCUACUAAGUUAACGGGAAAGAUCCAAACUUUUUCGUUCUUUUGAGGUGGGUGUGUUUUUUUUUUCUUUUGCUAGAGAGGUGGGUGUGUAUCGAUCUUUCGUUUGUGUUGGGCUCUGUUUUCUAGUUAAACAUAGUUUACAGAGAGAUAGACCGCCGCUGAUGGAAGAAAGGAGCCAACUUUUGAGAUGGGUCCUCUUCUCUCUUUUGUUCCUCUGUCUUUUCUGCUAUGAGUGGAGAAGUGGAGAAUAUUUGGAGACACGAGGAGUUAUCUGCAGUGCUUUUUGUUAGCUGAUGGAAUGGAGCGCACAUCUUUCCUUCCUUUUAGUUCCCUUCUACUUUGAAUUUUGAAAUUGGCUUAGCUAUGCUCUCCCUCACUCGUCUUCAUCCAGUUGCAGUCAAGUUUCUCGAUGGAUUUCUCUAUAAUUCUCUUCUGCUCAGUGAUUCUGAAGACCUCCUGGCCUUUUCCCACUAGUACCUAAGCUCCUGUCCUUGUCUCUAAGUUUUGUCUGGUUCCGGCGGCCGGGAAAUGGGCCGAGCUACGAAGUGGCUGAGGAGUCUUCUUGGCGGGAAGAAGGAUGCUAAGGAUCAAAAGGACAACGCCGGUACCAGUGGCAGAGAAAGGAAAGAGAAGAAAAGGUGGAGCUUUGGGAAGUUCGGAAGCGGCUCCAGCGAAGGCGAGACGCAGAAUACGGCGGCGGCGGCGGACUCAGAAUGGUUGAAAUCGUUGUAUGCUGAGAGGGAGAUUCAGAACAUGCAUGCUAUCGCGGUGGCGGUUGCCACCACCGCCGCAGCUAGUGCAGCAGUGACGGCAGCUCAUGCGGCGGUGGUGCGGCUCCAGAGCCAGGGGAGAGGCACUAUGUUUAAUGGCUGCAUGGAGCCGUGGGCGGCCGUCAAGAUUCAAACAGCUUUCAGAGGAUAUCUAGCAAAGAAAGCUCUUCGAGCCCUCAAAGCUCUAGUAAAGCUGCAAGCUCUGGUCCGAGGCUACCUUGUGAGGAAGCAAGCAGCUGCAACUCUUCACCGAUUGCAAGCUAUUAUAAGAGCUCAGGCCGCCGCUCGGCAGCAGAACAUUCACAGCCUUCUUCCAAAAGAUGGAAGAUUUCCACCAGCUAUCCGUCCCCGGAAAUCAUACGAAAGGUUUAAUGAACCAAGAAGCGAACAAUUAGCACCAGUUCAUAGCCGGCGGCUGUCGUUGUGCCUUGACAGUCCAAGCUACAGCGUUGAUAGGAGUCCAAAGAUUGUUGAGAUGGAUACUUGCAGAACCAAGUCAAGAUCUUCCCGUAGAACCACCCCUUCUGUUUCAGAGACUACUGGAGACCAGCACUCACUGCUCAUUUCCUCUCCAUUUCCAUGUCAAACUCCACCUAGGCUCUCCAUACCCACUCGCCGAAUAUACCAAGAUCAGGACUCGAGUCUCAGUACAGACGGCAAAUGCCGGUACUCGAAGACUGCUUACAACACCCCUCGCUACAUGAACUAUGCGAGCAGUACCCCGGUAACGCCGGCGAAGGGCCUAAAUGCCUUUGAUGGGGUUCUCCGGCGAAUUCUUAAUAUGCCAAACCGGCCUAACUAUAUGGCAAACACGAGGUCGUCGGUGGCGAAGGUGCGGUCGCAGAGCGCACCAAAGCAGAGGCCAGAGAUUGCAGGGCUGAGGAAGAGGGUGCCAUCGAAUUUGAAUGAGGCUGUGGAGUCCAGAGCAAGCUUGAGUGGGGUUGUGUCAAGAAAGUCUUGCUCCCCAGCACAGGGAGCCUUUAAUUUUAAGAGUGCUGUGGUGGAGAGGCUCGAUAAGUCUGUUGAAUUGAGUAGAGACUACUACUUGCAGAGGAUGUGGUGAUCAUGGAGUUUAGAAACAGAAGCCCCUACUAGGCCCUGCAUGCAUAAAUCUGAUUAUGAGUAGUGUUGUGACAAGGAAGGAAGAGAGAAUGCGCAAAUUGUCCUAGUCUGAUGAGUUUCUUGUUUCUUUUGCUGUUCACUCACCUAGUUGUAAUGAAAAUUUUCAGACUUUAAUGUAAACAGAAGGAACAUAUGCAUCCUUCUUCUAAUGAAAAUACAAGGAAGAUUUUAGUCGUAGC